UUUGCCUCAUUGAGACCACAGGCGGGUCCAGACACUUCACUGGAGGUGACACUGGUUGCACCCCCACAGUCAUGGCGGUCAAGUACUUGAACUUUCAGGAGCCCGUGGUAGUGAGUGAACAUGAGGAUGUCCUCAGGAAUAAUAAUAAUAAUAGGAGCGCAAAGGAAAGCCUCAAAGGGAGGUCUCUUCAUGUCAAAGCCUCCCGGGAAAGCGCAUUCUCUCUCUCUCUCUUUCUCCGUUUCUCUUUGACACACAAAAACAGGCACAGGCGCAUUCCUGUGCGCGCGUAACCGACCUCGUCUUUCACGAGAGCGCGAUUGUCGGAAUUGUAAUGUUACUUAUUAGACAUACGCACUAAAAAAACCCUUUACAUUUCACGUUACACUAAAAUAGUAGCCUAUAAUAAAAUCUCAAUUUUAAAAUAAGCCAUCAAGUUAAAUCUGUCUUUUUCAACUCAAUGUGACCAAACAACCCAUAAACCUAGAUUUAUUCAGGAUGUACUCAAGAAGUUUAUUUUAAAACCAAAAUGUGCGUCAUUGUAUUUUACUUUUGCACACACAUUCUGAUGUAAUAUCAUCAGGGGGUUCGUGGAAAAGGAAAUACACUUGUGUGAAUCUGUGGUUAAACUUUGCUCCGGCUGUCACGUCUCAAACGUUCCGGGCUAAUGAUGAACACUCUAUGUGCAAGCAGGAUAUGAUCUGGAGAUGGGAUCUGCUGACGGCGGGGCGAGCAAACUCCACCCAGUAGAUAGGAUCUCGGGCAGGCGGAGCGGAGAACAGCGUGCGCCAAGAGGGCUGAGGCAGGCUGGUUGGAUGACUGGGACGGCUGGAUAAGUCCCACAGAAAACUUAAGAGGGGCAAAGUCCAGCCUGAGUGGGAGGCAGGCAGAGUGGAAGUUCAUAUGUGGGAGCGUGCUGGGAACAAAAUCACAUGGCAUUUUAAAGACAUGCUCCAAAGAUGGCGGUGGUACUAGCGACGGGAGUUUCAGGUGCCUCCGGAGUGCAAAAAAGUGGAUUUGUGGAGGUUUUGGUUCGGGAGCGGUGGCACAAAGUUUUGGUCAACUUAAACGAGGAAGCGCUGACGUUAAGCUGCGAGGAGAGCAGCGUUACCGACAGCGUGAGCGACAAUGUCAACUCCAACGGGGUCACCAACGGAUCUUACCUGGACAACAACAACACUAACUCCAACAAUGGUCCUCAAACUGUGCGCACCGCGUUCACAGACCUCCCGGAGCGAGUGCCCGAGGCGAUCGCCAACAGAAAGCGGUGCGUCAAGGUGACCAAGCAGGAGAUCGGGGGGCUUGGGAUCAGCAUCAAAGGUGGGAAGGAGAACAAAAUGCCCAUACUCAUAAGUAAGAUUUUUAAGGGGCUCGCAGCGGAUCAGACCCAGGCUCUGUACGUGGGGGACGCCAUCCUGUCCGUGAAUGGCAUGAACCUGCGGGACGCGACCCACGACGAGGCUGUGCAGGCGCUGAAACGGGCCGGGAAAGAGGUGACACUGGAAGGUAGGCAAGCAGGCUGGGAAGAAAGUGUGUUUGAGAGGAUGAAUGAAUCUGUGAAGAUGAUGGGAUAGGGAAAACUUUUUACGUCUCCUUUAAGCGGAGGAUCUGACAGCAUUCCUGUGGACAGAGGAGUCAAGCGGUUAGCCAUGAGCAUUGUGUUACAAAAAGAGACAUGGAGACUUCACACAACUUUGGUGAUUCAUGAGGGAACCAAUGUGGACUUAACAUGCAUGGAACCCCAUCAUCCAGUGGAGGGUGCACAUAUACGGGUUGAGUUUUUCAUUCCUCCCUCAUAGUAUGUUUUCCACUAGUAUUGGGGUUGUCAGUGGGUCAGUGGUCCUCAGGUCACAAAGUUCUGCACUCUUACUUACUUCUCAGCAGAUUGAUUGCAUUCACUCAGCAUUCUAGGUGUCACCUCCUGAUUAGAACAAUGAAAAGCAGCAGGGCUCUAAGUGUAGAAACCUCUGAUGUAGUUUGUGAUUUAUUUUCCAUUACAGCAGAGAGGUACUGGUUAAAGUGAGGAGAUUGUAUUUUUAAUGCAGCUGCCGAUAUAUUAUUCAUCUCUCACUUCAUCAAAUCUUUUAAUACAAAGUCAGGAUGUGUUGUCAUCAGACAGUGUCUCUGAAGAGAAGCGAACCUUUUUUAUGCAAAUUUGUUUAAUUUACAGCUGCAGAGGAGAAGACGUCUUCUAACUUGUGUGUGUGUAUGUGGUGCAACUUGUUCACUGCUGAACAUUUUAGGAAAUAUUUUGGGAGAGCAGGUGAAAGAAUGGCAGCACAACAGAACAGUUCAUACAUAAAUAGUUGUUAUGCAACCACAGGAGAAUCGUUUGGGUCAAAUUAAUUUCAUAUCACUUUCCUCCAUGUUCUUCUCCGCUCCAAGGAUCCAGCUCUGCUAUCGUGAAGCCCCUCACAGACACACAAACACAUGGACCUCAAAGACAGAGCUCAAACACUGACUUUCAAAAGAGUGCCGCCAUGUUGGUGUUUUGCAGAUUUUGGCCAAUAGUGAAGGUGGUAAUGUGUCUAAUGGCAGGCGGAUUCCUCUCUGAUCCUUUCACUCCUUUAAUACACAUACACAUGCACACACACUUGUACACAGACGCAAAUAUGCCUGCAUUCAUACACCGGAAAAUGUUGCACUCCUGUGCCCAUUUCUGAGUUUUGUAUUCUUGUUCCUGUGAGGACUCCUGGACCCAUGACAGUGAGAACAAAGUGUCUCUCCCUCUCUCUCUCUCUUUUUGCACGCUCUUACAUACACUCUCUCGCUCACACACACAUUUUCUUUCCUUUUUUUAUAUACACACAUUCAAACAUGAAGAUGAUGAUCCUUCCCAUGGGGACACAGAGGCUACACUAAAGAGGAAAAAGCAAGUCCCAGCUGAGGACUGUUUGAGAUAAGAAAUAAGGGGUGAGAGAGAGACGAGAAGAGGCAGAGAUGAGAGGGCUGAAGAAGAAAUGAGUAUUUAAUGGGAGGAAAGCGCUGAGAGGUAGAGAGAUAGAAAGUGUGUGAACAAAAGGAGAGCUAACAAGAGAGGCUAACAGGCUGAUUUAAAGAUGACAGCCAGGGUUAACUUAAGGUUAACAGAGUGACAGAAGCUUACCAUUACAGCUUUUUAAUAGAGAUCGGCUCUGGAACAUGGGAGAAAAGAGAAAGCAAAGCGCAUUUUCUCUGAGAUUGUGGAUCAGUGGGGGUUUCAGAGAUGCUUCAACACAGAACCAGACAUUCAAACUUAAGUUUCAAAUGAUAGGACACGUGCUGUGAUAUUUAAAGCCUCAACCAGUGAUACAUUUCCUUUUAUAAUUCUUGAGUGUAAGCCUUCUUUUUAGAUGUGAGAGACUGAAGAGUGUGAGGAGAAAGAUCAAGAGGAAACAUCUGAUUCGACUAAUAGGAGAGAUAGUACACGUCUCAUGGGAGAGCAGUGUGCGUCAUUGUGCGUGUACAUGUUCUGUGUGCAGCAUUAUGUGGAUUUUGCGUGUUUGCAGGGGAGCUUGCAUAUUUGUAAUUUGUGUAUUUUGCAGCACAACACACAAGCUUUCAUGGAAAGUCAUUAGCACGGAGGGGAACGAAUUCAACUUAAAUAGGCAGCGAUCGCUCACUCUUGCAAGAUGCAAGCAGAGGCUGAUUGAUGUGUUCAACAACAAGAGGACCACGGUUCAAGCUCUGUUGUGUCAGAGGGCAUCUGCUUUAUUUAGUCGUCCUCUGGGAAAGAUGAUGACCCUGUGGAGAUGCUCUUCUGUGGCUCAGCAUGUAGUCUGACAUGCCCCAACUAGAUCUCUGUCCGGGAUCAAUCAAAGUGUUUGAGAUGUGUCACAGAGCUCAUUGCAACAAAGAAGAGUGAAGGAUUGGUUUGCACUUGUGCAGCCUGAUAUAUACUGAAUACUGCAACUUCAAACUCUCUAAUGUAGAAUGUGGCCUCAUACACUUUUAGGAUUAUGAGCUAACAAGGGUCACCAGUAGGUACCUCAUCGUGUCAGCUUUAAUUAUCCUCUUACAGUAGGUCACAGGGAUUAAAAAAAGCUUUGAUAUUGUGCUGGUAGCCAAAAGUACAGCGUCAUUUAAUAUAGUUAUAAAGGUUUGAUAUUGUUUAAUGAUUUCAGUUUCAUUUGCUGUGCAUGCUGGCUCACUGUCAAUGUUUGAAUCGAACAGAGCCACUGGCAAUAUUAUGCUUUUCUACUCUGACAAGUCCAAAUGUCUUCAGUGAAAAACACCCACUGGCCAGGUGUGCGGAGGAGAGAUAAGUAUGCAAGACUUGAACUUCUCUCUCAAGCUCUUCUUUUCAUUCCGAACACAAGUACCUGCUUUUUCAGUGUGCACAGCUGAGUACCCACACCAAAAGUUCCUUCAAAGGAGAAAAUACCCAAAAGUGUGUGCUGCUACUGUAACUGUACCGUAUAGUUCAAAAAGUCAUCCCUCCUUCACUCUCUCGCUCUCUCUCUCUCUGGAUAAUGACACUCCAGAAAGAAGCUGAGAAGAGUCUGUGUGGAUAACUGCUCUUAAUGUUUGCUCCUGUCCCGGUUUGGUCCCUGUUUGCCCUGUAAAGUUUCUCUCCUGAUGUUGACAUUUCUGGUUUGUGUUUGGCUACAAUGAUGAUUGAAAAAUUGACAUAAGGAUGGGUGUGUUAUGUUUAUUUUACAUGUAGAAUUGUGCAGUAUAUGUCAAUAUCUUUCAGAAGCACUUGAAAUUCUACUCUAGUGAAAAUGUUUUUUUUUUAAUCAUUUAUUUAGCCCUACAUUGAGGGGUUAUGCUGUGUGUAACCACGUGUUUAUGAAAUGAAGUCUAGGCUGACAAAAGCAGCCUCAAGAAUGACUCCCAGUACCAUCCAAAUAGUUUCUCUCUGACCUUAAAGCAGAACAGCCCGUCUUUGUAAUGACUGCUGUUGAGAGUACAUGGUACUUUUAAACUUUUGAUCACCUCACAAUGGGAAAUGAAGAAGUUUAUAAAUAUUUAUCCAUUUUGUACUGCUGAAGAUCAAAUGGAGCCCUUGAGUUGAUAAACUGAUUUGUAGCUUAGCUCUCCUCCCUUUUCAUUGCUCUCAUUUAUUAUGCCCAUUCUGCACAGCUCACAUUCAGUUAAAAAUUUAACAAAUGGCAGAUUCCUGGGAGUUUUUUUGCCAUUCUUGCUAAGAAUUUAUCUCUGACUACACAAAAAAGGUAGAUAUGAUUCUUGUUCUGAGCCAUGGGCAAAUACAGCCAAUUGAAAUCACGACUUUCUCCAGUGGAUUCUUAAAACUGUAGCUGGCAAGUUUGUUUCCCAGAAACUCACUGUAAGUUGUUUGAAAGGAAUUUUAAAAAUGCUGCAUGUGGUCCCUGAGUCUGCAGGUAAAUUGUCAAAUUAGUUUGCAGAGUGUGGCUUAUGUUGGCUGUGGUUUCACCAGCGCCCUUCAGUCCUCUUUGCAGGUUAAUGUCUUCGUGCCUACGCUUCCUAUGCAUUGCUCUGGUUGAGUAGUUUAAUGCUAGCAUAACUGGAGACAGCCUACAUACAAUUUCAUUUCCAUUUUCUAGAUCCAAAUACUGCCAAACUAUGCUGCGCUACAUGACUUGGCUCUUCAUUUGUUCUUGUUUAUAUUAGCAUAGUGGAGCAUUAGAGUCUUAGUGCAGUAGCUGUUAACAGAGCUGCUGCUUUGGCUAGUGUCUGGUGGCAUAUAAGUGACAUUUCAGGCCUGUGUAAAUAUAUAUAUUAUUUACUUAACCGGCUGUGCCGUUUUGUAAAUUCAUUACUUAUAUAAGACCUCUUUUUCUUAAAUGAUCAUAGUUUUGUGCCUUUGGAGCCGCAUCACCAACCAUAAAUUUAUUGCUGGUUGAUUAUAAUACCAUGUUUGCUUUUUGGGGGGAGUGUACCUUUUCGGGGAGGUAAUGUGUUAAUGCUUGCUUUUUUAUUUUUUAUUUUUUGCUUAAAUUGAAGCAGAAAAAUUGAAGCAAAAUUAUUUCCUAAUUCUAUUUUCAGUUUUGUGUGCUUGAAAGGCUGAAUUACAAGACAACCUCCUUUGACGCUAAGUUUUACAUUUACCACUAGCGGAAACUCCUGUUUAAUGGAGCAAACCAAAGGUACAGCUGGUAAGCUAUGAGUAGACAAUUUCAUCUCUGCUGAGAGAAAACAGUCUGGGUUAAAACAGGCAGCAGAUUCAAUCUUAUGGGAAAUACACCAGGUUCACUUCAGUGCAGGCACACAGCAGAAAAUAGCUUCAUUAAUUUGUAAGCAUGGAGAAGAGUCUAAAAGAUCCUAAAAGAACACCUAAGAAAUUGAGAACUAAAAGUUUAAAACAAUGGAGAACAUAAGUCACACUUCAGCAGACAGGAAGUGAGUCAGUGUCCCGUAAGCGCUCCCGUUGAUCCCUUAACAAGCUGAACCUGUCAUCACCUGACAUCUGGAUGGGUUUGUGCAUGACUCCGUGAAUGUGCUGCUGUCAGCAUUGUGAUGCACUGUGGGUACGUGUGGAUUUAUCUGGACAUUUACCGUGUAUGCAUGUGUGUAAUCGAGUUUAGUCAUCAGCACUGUAGUCUAGACAGCGAGUGAGAGGAAGAUUAAAGAGAGAGAGAGAGUCAAUGUGUCUGCCAGCUGACUGUUUGUGUCAUUAGAGAAAUCAUCAUCUUCUCGGCUCCUGUUUGUGGAGCCCGAUUUAGAGCGGAUGAUGACGAUGAUCAUAAUAACAAUAGCAGCGCAGUUACUGAGGUGAUUGUUGUGGCUAAGAAAAAAAUUGAUUCAUUCAUUCUCCUCCUCUGUAAAUGAUCAUGCAGCCAAAACUAGCAGAAACAGAGGGGCAGAGUUCAGGAUGUCCUGCAGGUGUAUCCAUUGUGCUUUUGCACAUUCAUUGUUCAUUCCUAGUUUCCAAGCACCAACAACAUCAUUAAACUUCGCUGUUCCACUUUGACUAAACAGACUACUUCAAUUUUAAAACUGGUGAUUUAUAAAAAUCUGUCCAGCUGACCAAAAAUCAUCUGUGAUAAUAAAAACCCUGUUACCCUGAUGUGCUUCUGUUGGAUGUGCGUCUCUUUAGAUCAGAGGUGGGCAAUCAUGUGCCAUGGAGGGCCGAGAGGCUGCAGGUUUUCUUUCCAACCCAAAACUCCACCAGGUGAUUUCACUGAUUACCUUACCUCCAAGCAGAGAGCAGGGACCAAUCAGUGAAAUCACCUGGUGGAGUUUUGGGUUGGAAAGAAAACCUGCAGCCUCUCGGCCCUCCAUGGCACAUGAUUGCCCACCCCUGCUUUAGAUAGACUGCCAUCUGUUCACACUUUUGUGGUUAUGGCUUUUGAGUCAGUAUGGUGGUUUAUGUUUCCAGACAUGCAAACUAGAUACAUGAAACAGACAGCGGUCUGGUUUUAAGACUGCUCAUAACGAGAGUACAUGCCCAUAAUUUUUUCUAAAUUUGAGUUUGACAGACUCAGUAACUGUAAGCUGAUGUCUUUUAAAGAGUCACCACUGUGCUGUUGAUUCUGUGUCUGUAUGCAAACACCGAGCCAACGCCUGGAUUGAUGAGUGCAGAGUUAUUACAAGAACAGGAGGUCUUGUUCUUGGGGAGGUUGCCCAUACUUAUUUGUUAGCAUAGCUCUGCUCCCUCAGUUGGUGCUGCUCUAGCUUUUCAAGCUCUUCUGUCUUUUUGCAGUACAAAAUGUCAGAAACGAUUUCUUAAAAUUUUUUUUUGAAAUUGUGUCCCUGAAUUCAGAGAUGUAAUAAAAAAGAAAAAAAAGAGUUAGCUGUAGUUUUGAAAAAUAAAGUAGAAAUUCAAUGUUGGGAAAGAAGGUGUAAUGCAAUUUAAAGAAAAGAAGUUGGUGGUUGCUGAGUGGAGAUGUCACACUUCUGCCAUGAAACUGUUCUUUCAAUAGUGUAGCAUCCAGAGUGAAUUGUGUAAAAAAAAAACAAGAAAAAUUGGUAUUUGGGGUUAUGGGGAAAAUGAUAAGGGGAUAAAACUUUUAUCAGGUUUUCAAGAGUUAGCACAGAGCUAAAAGUUAAGUAAGUAAACAAAUGCUUGUCACUGAUAUGAGUAACAUUCAAAGUAGCGAUAAGCUAGACAUUAAAACAUAAUGUCACAUAUCUCUGAAGUAAGAUACACAGUUGAGGCGUAAAUGAUUACAGAUCACACAGUCUGCUUCUUUCUCUCUGCUGAGAUGAUUCACUGCAGGUUAUGGGAUUGUUUAUCAGCGAGUGCAGGACCAGUUUGAUGCAGACUUGUAAUUCUGCCCCCACUGUGGACUUUAUUCUUGUGGUUGUUUCAUCUAUUUUCUCAAAAUGUUGAUUUUAUGAAAUUUCUAUUCUAUUUUUAGCACAAUAUCAGUUUUAUCAUUUUUAAAAAGACAGUUAUCAUCAUAACAGGUACAUUGUGACAGCCCUACUCCUUAUAUGUUUUUUCCUCAUCUGUGACUCUAGUACUCUUCUGUACCUUCAUUAUACAAGUGAAGAGAGAAAGUAUUAGCAUAACCUAUAACCUUAUAAACAUGUGGACCUACUUGCUUUUUGAUCUCCUAAUCAUUGCCAUGUUAUCAUUAGCUUGUUAGCAACACGUUCAACUGAUUGCAUCACAUUAGCAUAAAAAUAUAACUACUGUUUUAUUUUUUAACACUUGUGUAAAAGUUUUUUGUUGCCUUUUCAUAGAAAAGAACCACAGUUAUGAUUUUUAUCAAUUUUUCAUAACUGUACAGGUUACAAAACAACAAGUCUGCUCACUUUGGCUUUAUUUUGGAUCCACCAUCAACAGAAGUAUUUCAGCAAAAACAUUCAUCAAACCAGCAUCUGCUUUGUAACAUAAGCACAUCAUUUUUUUGCUCUAUCUUCUCAAAGUGUUUCAUUUGCAGAGAGUUGUUACUGUGUUUACAGUUCAAGGUCAAUGAUUAAUUUUACAUUCUCAAAAUCAAAUCCAUCCAGAGAAGAUCGCCUCUGUGAUGUUCUUGACUUGUUUGUGAAGGAGGUAUUUGAUAUCUCAGUGAUUCUGGUCCAAACCUCACAAAAAGAUGCCUUGAGGGUGGAUUUGUUAAGGCCUUUUGUGCAGCUGAAGUAUUCAGCUACCUGCUCUUUGCUAACAAGAAGUAAAAGGCUUCAUUCUGCAAUUAGAGGAUCCUUUUUCCGCUUUUUUGCCUCUUCACCCUGGUCUGUUCUCUCUUGAGCUCCACUUCCUCUCUCAUAGGCUUCAUAAGGGGAGGUUUUCUCUGGAAAUUUUUUUCACCAAAUAAAAAGAAAACUCCAGUUUAGACAUAUGGUAGGACGUGCAAUGACUUCAGAGCUCAUUAAAUACUGCUAAGGACCAUUGGGUGAAAAAGACAUAGCAAGAUAGAAACAGUAAUUACAGCUGAUAUUAUAGAGCGGGGGAGUAUGAGUGUGUGAAAGGGGGGUCGAUGCCGCCCAAACACACAUGCCGAGGAAUGCGACUGAACAAGCAUGUGUGUAUGUAGUCAUUGUGAAUGACUGGGUACACAAGUGAAAUGUGUGGACUGUUGACUCCACAGUCAAGCCAACAAGCUCUAACCCUUUUAAAUAAAGAACACGUUCAUUCAGGAAUGUGUGAGUGAAUGGGUUUACAGCUAUUCAAAGUAUCAUCCAUGAGAGUGAAUGACUUUUUCACUUGUGAGCCGAACAGCUGGACCUUGGUGAUAUGAUGGUAUUCAGACAUCUGCAUCAUGACUCAUGUUACUGUUUCUACAUUAGGUUAAGUGAAUGAGCUGCUGAAAAAUAGAUUUAGUUUUGUUUCUAUGUACGUUCACUCACUUUGUCUAAAGCGGGAGACAGAAGAAUAGAAAAUAAAAACUGGACAGAUGGAGGAGGGAGCCAUCUCAUUUGAUCUUCUGCUUGAGUUAUAUAACAGCAAGCCAGCUGCUUUGCAAUGAAUCUUCAAGUAGUAUGAGCGCGGUCGUUUCCAAGUUUUUAUUGUGUUAUUGAGGUUAUUGUGCAGAGUUGGCCAUGCAACAGAGAAAAAAAAAAAAAACAUGACCCGUGGGAAUGUACACACAUUUACACACUUCACGGUAAUGAUCACAUUGACUCCACCCUAUUUAUUUUCCCCUCUGCUGGAAACACUUACAGCUCUAUUUCUGGGUGCAGUGAAGCUGGUCAAUGAGUUUACAUUUCCUCUCUCUUUUGAAUGUGUAAAGAUGUUUUGGAUUUGUUUUUAAUUUAGUCAGUACCAAAAAGUGGGUUGCAAAUUUGAAACCAAAGCGUUGAGACAAUGGACAUGGAAAAUGAGCAUUUUGGCCACAAGAUAGAGGAGGGAUUUGAAAAUGAGUUGAUUUAAAAGUGUCUGUAUUUUCCUUUCAUACACAUCCAAUAAAAUUAUAGACAUUUUCUAGAAAGAUUUUCUAUAUAAAAUGAAUUAUAGUGGAAAUAUGCAUAUGUUAGAAAACCACAGUGCUUGUCAUAUUCCUAGAUUCAGGGGUCAACAGCCAAUCCGUCAUAAAGGCUGUUUUGUUGUAAAUAACCAAGUGAUAGCCUCUGAGAUACUCUCAUUUCUGUCUGUCUUGUUGAUACUUCUGUGACUUAAAGUCUAAAUCAGGAUUUAUAGUUCAUGCCGGAGGUCAGUGGGAGUCAUAGUGAGUAGGUUUUAAUUAAGUGUAGAAUUUCUCAAGCUGAUCAAUACGCCUCCAACACAGAUGGAUGGAUGAAUGGUACUGAUGAAGUUUGCCUUCAUUAUUUCCACACAGUUCAUUUGUGAUUCAGAGAAUGUGCAAAAUUUUAUGUUUUCAUAUUAUAUGUUUUCCUGGUAAUUUGUAAGAAAAAACGCUUUCAGUUUAUGAUUUACAUUCAAGAAUCUGUUGCUUGAUGUGUGUGACUAUUCAAUAGUGGAUUAGGAUGGGAUCAGAGGGGGUCUGAUAUUAAUGGAUGGGUCUCAAUUCUAUCCCAUCUUUGUGUGUUGGGUCUCGGUAAAUUUGAUUAGGGAGUAUGGUCUAUACCAGCUUUCUUUGUAAAGGGUCUUGAGGUAACAUCCUGUUCAGGUUUAAACUAGCAUAAGGCUCAAGUUUAGCAAUAUCGAUCAUUCACAAAAACAUUAAACCAAAUUUGCCAUUGAUCAGUCAUCCUUCUUGGCUUUUGAGUUCCUGCCAGUUAAAACUUCCCCUGUUUUGGUAAAUUGGUCUAAAAAUACGACUGAAUGUAUUUUUUAGACUCUGAUCUACAGAGACGAACACUCCUUUACAGCAUCUAAUAUUAGUCUAUUAUUGCUGUGCUCCUAAAAUGGGAGAUUACCCAGAAUUCUUACCACUUACAUUGCUUUGUGGUCUAACUUUAAACCCUAAAGUAUAUCUGCUUUUGUGCCUUUUCAGUCUCAUAAAUGCAUGUCAUCUCACAAAGAAAACCAGACAAGGUUUGUCAUCAUCUGCAGCAGAUUCGGUCUUCUCACUCCAUUAACUCUGCUUGUGUUGAACCUUGUUAUGAUGCAUUUUAACAACUUCACGUUUCAGGUCUGUUAACAGGAUCUGACUGCGUGUGUUAUUCUGCUGUAUGGUUGAAUAACGCUAUCAUUGUAGGUCCAUUGAGGACACUGUCACACCCCCCUCUGUCUACUGCUCAGUGUUAUGUGUCAGCCUGUCAUCUCUCAUCCUCAGGUUGGCGGUUCGGCUUGUUACUCAGUCUCACAGGAGUCUAUCCUGCUGCUCCCAAGAAUAGUUCACAUGCUGGAUUACAGAUGCCACCAGCCUUAUGCCAAUUAUACACCACUUAUAUUGUGGGAUAUGCCAAUUAAAUACCCAGUGCAUACAGAGGAUUCAGAACAAUCAGGACGAAGAGAGCACACUGAGCCUUCUCUUCAUUUCAGCCUCUGUGUUUCUGUCUGUAACAGGAAAAUGUGUGUCUGUCUACUCUGUUCCUCUCUCCCUCUCAGACCUAAAAACAUAAGGAAUUUCAAAUAGUAAUCAAACCUCAAGUGAGUCUGGCUUUGACAUUUACAAGUAACUUUCAUUUUGCUGUUUGGAAAUGGGAGUAUCUGAGGUAUUCUGCAGCAUCAGUGGGGACUGCAUCAGGAAGCACUAGAGGAAGUGGGAGUAUGUUCAGUUUGCAGGACUAUAACUCUCUUGAUACCUCGUGCCCCUGGCAGCAGAGACAAGCUGUGAAUCAUUUAGAGCAGUUUACAGAAUGAAAGCUUACAUUUUAUUAGGAUGACUGAGAGCUUAAGACGCAUCAGAGUCUGUUAGAAACUCUGGAAAAAGCCAGUGAACAAAGCACAGAUCUCAUUGUUAAAGGAAUACUUCUGUCUGUGCAAAAGCAUCAACUGACUGACUUUGCAUAUGACAGAAAAGCAGGUAAGAUAUAUAAAUGACCCACUUAGGUUAAAAAAAAUGUAUUCAAACCUCAAUGGCCAUACGGAGUGAUGGUCCCAGUGAUGGUACUUUUUCUAACUAUGAAAAAAUAACAAUUUAAAUCACUACCUGUCACAGUUCAAGCACCAUUCAAGCAUGUAUGUAAGCUGACAGAUCUGCAGACAGUUCACCGUCUAUCUUAUGUCUCUUAUUUUUUGUCAGCCUCCAAAAUUUUGCAAAUGCUUGAGCUGUACCAUAAACAAACACACUUUCUCUUUCUGCUGUUUAUCUGUGGUAGCCCAACAUCCUUCCUCUGACCUAUUACUGAAAUCGACUGUGCUCAAAAGAGUGAACAUGUUAUUAACACAUGUCUUUAUUGCCCGUGAAAUCCCCCCUAAUAUGUGAUUCAUAUGAAAGAUAGAGGCACGGCUGAAUGAAGUUUUUCUGAGACUUUAACAAGUGGCGACAAUAGAAAAAUGCUGUUUAUUCCACUGGACUUCGUUGUUUGGGACAGUCAUCCUUGUUGUAGAUAGUUUUUGUUUUUUUUUCAUUUUUACACAUGAAAAUAUAAUCCAGUAUAGUGUACGUUUUUACUGCUCACUAAAGAAUGUUUUAUCAAGCGUUUCAUGAAACAAGGUUACAACAAACUGUGCAGAGAGAGGGAAGAGAUUUCCAGUUGUAAAUGACACUGUAAAAUGAGUGAAUUAGUGAUCUAAUGACUGAUGCUUAGCUGAAUCCCAGACCAAAAUCUGCGGCAGAAACCUGCGUAGUUGCUUUGUUGCUUUGUUUGUUCGUAAUUUCUGAUAAAUGUCAUAUACAUAACUAUUAAGUUGUAAAUAAUUCCUGAAUUGAAAUUGAAAUUUAAAAGUUCUACCUCCAUGUCCCAGUUCAAGGUUUUAUACUCUAAAUCCAUUUUUUACUCCUUUUCUCUCCAGUGAAGUACAUGCGUGAGGCAACACCAUAUGUCAAAAAAGGUUCCCCUGUGUCUGAGAUCGGCUGGGAAACUCCACCCCCAGAGUCUCCUCGCCUGGGCAGCCCCCCCAUCACUUCUUCGUCCUCCUCCUCCUCAUCUGACCUCCCAGGCUCUCCCACCCAGCCCUCCCUGUCACUGCAGGGCGACAGGAGGUGCAUCCCGCUAAAGAUGUGUUAUGUAACCCGAGCAAUGACCACACCAGACCCGGAGAACAGGUAACAACAGGACACACAUAAACAUAGACGCACAUCCAAACACAUAAAAACACUGUAAACUAGGCUCAUUCUUGAGCUAUCCACAGGAUGAAUCCAUCUUUUUGUGCUCACAGACAGAUAUUUUAUAUCAAACUUAAUUCAUAUAAUUUAGUCAGCCAAUUCAGGUGUAAUGUAUUUCAGAAAUUGCCUCUUUUGUAGGAAUGAAAUGUCUUUUAUCUGAGUGACAGAGGUGAAAUAACGAAUUUAAAAAUAUCGAGCGACUGACGAACAGGCUGUUGGUUUCUGGGCUUUUUAAGGGUUCAAAAGACAUCAGAGAAAAUAUUGGAUAUUGCCUUUUAAUCCCUCUACUCGAAACCAAAAUUAAAAAGUUUUUUUGAUGUUUUGUUAAUUUUGUAAUAUUAAUCUUUAGUCCUUAUUCUCACCGAGCUACACCUCCAGUCUUGAGAAAUGAAGCAGUGCAGAAGUGCCACAAACAGCAAAUCCUCAAGUGUUCACUUGAUAUUUGCUCUAAAACCUCUGGGGGCCACAUACAGCCCUGUUUGAAAAAGCAGCUCUUACUGCAAAAAUAAGCAUACACAGUAGGGUUUUGGCCUGACUAGCUCGUUUCACUCUGUGCACACUUUACAGGGGGUGAAUGGAAAAAAGAAACUCAUUUGUUUUGAUGAUGAAGCAUUAUUAGGAGUACAGCUGACUUGAUUGACAGGUGGGCACACUACAGCUGUUUUCAGAAAGAGUUUAAAACCCUCCUCAACUACACCUCCUUGCCUCAUGUCAGGUCAACGUAAAGUUAAAGUUAGCAUUUUCAGUAUACCCACUUCUGAAACCAGUGGGUGACGUCAUUGAGACUAGGUCCAUGUGUUUUACAGUCUGUCAGCCAGCUAAAUGCUAAGUUUUAAACAAUGAUGACAAUGAGGUGCUGCACCAUCUCUAUGAUGCUCUUCCAAGGAACUUGUGCAGAACUGUACCUGAGUUUAAGCAGUUUUAUGCAUUUUGGAGGAAUGGAUAUGACUUUUCAGGUUACAUUUUGCAGUAGUAUGGCUCUCCCAUUGUUUUUUUUUUGUUUGUUUGUUUGUUUGUUUGUUUUUAAGUAGCCUAUCAAACACUGAAGCUACUCAACAGUUCUCGAGUUUGUUCCAUUACUACACUAGACAUACACGUCCACACAAUGCUGUUCACAUUCUUGGCUUUGAUGGCAAACAUCGCCACAUUCUUCCUCCUAUGCGGCCUCUGUUACUACCUCUAAGGGAGGGUCCAAGGAGGAGAGGCAGAGGAGGUUUAACACAGGUGUAAAUGGUACCAUUUGAGUGCCUUCAGUUUCCGCUUGCAUUGCCGAGUUUUAAAUGUCAGCCAACCUCUGCUGAACAAAGUGUUUGUUCCAAGGCUGAAAGAUGGACUCUCAAGUAUGUCUUUAAAGUGUGUUAUCCUCUUUUAAAAAGAAUAAUAGUGAGAAAGUUGGAAAAUCAUUGAAGUCCUUAUUGCUUUUUGCACAAAAGCUCAACUUUAAAGUUCGUCGGGAGUUCAAGUACGCUGUAAGAAUGGGGUGCGUUAGAUAUGUUUUACAGAGAUAGGAGUGUGCUGUGUAAGUGAAGUGGUGAACUUCGCUUAACUGCAUAAUUUAGCUCUCAGGCUUUGUUUCAAUAUUGUCACAGGUAAAUGCUUUACAGUUCAACAUUUAAGUAAUUAAAAGAUGUUUAACUAAACCAGUUUCCUCCUGAUCCACAACUCAAGUCUGUGACACAGACACAGAGAGGUUUUUUUUCUGCUUUACUGAUCAGAUUAUUUAUUAGUGUUUUUAACCCUUUUUGGGCAGUUUUCUGAAGACAAACAUUUGAAGUGGUGGCCAAAUAACUCAAAGUCAGCAGGGGGUGGUCUGUUUGGAUGUGUUGUCAACUUAAUUGGUUGGUAAUAUGACAAAAGCAGAAUCAAACAGCAUGGGGCCAAAAAGCGAUUUACUGUUUCAACUUUUUUGGUGUCGCAGUCUGUGAGUGUGUGUUCUUUGUCCCACUUUCUCUCCCUCUGUUUCUCUCUUACCAAGUCAUUACCCUUCCUGCUUGACUUGUCUGUCGUUGCUCUCUCUUUCUUGAGUUUUUAAUCUUCCCUUAUUGUUUGUGUUUUCCUGCCCCCUUCGUCCUUUUCACUGUCCUCUUCCUUUCCUUUUUGAUAUUCUCCUUGUGUUUAUUUCCUCCUUUCUCUGUAAUCUGCUUCACUGUGUCGGAGUCGAUCCUCUUCUUCUAUCUCUGUCCUCUUCUCAUUAUUGUCUCGUUUUUAGUCUAUUUUAGGCUUUCAGAGUGUCUCUAUCGUCUAUGUGUGUCCCUUUCUGCAUAUGUAUAUUAUUUGAAGUGAGAGAUAGUUGAGCCUCACUAAACUUCAAAGCUUCAGACGAAGGGGGCAACAUCAAAGUCAAGUGGUAACACUGAGCAGUGACUUCAAAGUUUCUCCGUCUGUAUAGACGCAGUUAGACGGCUCACUGCUGGAGCCAUCAAAUAUAAAUGCUAACACUCACAAACAAUCAGAAAAAACUCAUACACUAAAAGAAGUAAGCAAGGACUUCAUCAAUGGCAAGAAAACCUCCUUUUACUAGGUAGAAACCUCAAGCAGAACCAGACUCGGUGGUGUAUUGUCAUCUGCCUUGAUAGAAAUGCAGCCACGAAAGCACAGAGCAGCAUUCCUCACCGAGGUAGAACUGAUGAAAUCAAGACAAGGAAAGGACCAGGAAAAAGGGCACUAUUCCACAGUUGCUAUUUAAUUUAGGAAUACAGUACAGGCCAAAAGUUUGGACACACCUUCUCAUUCAAUGCAUUUUCUUUAUUCUCAUUACUAUUUAACUUGUAGAUUCUCACUGAGGGCAUCAAAACUAUGAAUGAACACAUGUGGAAUUAUGUGCUUAAGAAAAAAGUGAAAUAACUAAGAACAUGUUUUAUAUUUUAGAUUCCUUAAAGUAGCCACCCUUUGCCUUUUUUGAUAGCGCUGCAAACUUUUGCUGUUCUCUCAAUGAGCUUCAUGAGGUCACCUGAAAUGGUUUUUACUUCACAGGUGUGUAUUGUCAGGGUUACGUACUUCUGUCAUCAAGAGCAAAGGGUGGCUAUUUUAAAGAAACUAGAAUAUAAAACUUGUUUUCAGUUAUUUCACACUUUUUCAAUAAGUACAGAAUUCCAUGUGUUCAUUCAUAGUUUUGACGCCUUCAGUGAUAAUCUACAAUGUAAAUAGUCAUAUAAAAAAAUAAAGAGGAGAUAUUGAAUGAGAAGGUGUGUCCAAACUUUUAGCCUGUACUGUAUAUUUUUUUAAAGCAUGGAGCUAAGGCAGGACUUAUUAAAGAUAUUAUUAGCCUGCAGAAGCCAACCAUGCUGAAUAUGAGAAAAAACACAUUCCCAUAUGAGGAUAAACUUGUUAGUCCUUGCCUAAACAUGUAAACUUUAGACAUAUUCCAGCCUAACAACCUGAGGAUGUGGGAGCAAAUUGUUCUGUAACUCACAUACAGGAGGAAUAUGUCUAAAACAGUUUAAAUUAGCUGUGGUGGUGAUGUAACCACAGGAAGCAUGCCUAAAAAAACAAAGAUAUUAAAGGAUGCAGCCCAACUCACCAACUGCUCUGUUGAUGAUGUCAAAAACCAACACAAAAAUCUGUAUCCAAAACCGUCUGUUUGUGUUUGCUAGCUACAGUUGAUGCUGAUUUCUUGGGCCAACCACUUUACCUCAGACUUCUUCACAUAUUCAGAUCUGUGCAAAGUUGAGUUUGACCCUCAUUAAAGGAUCUUCACCAACAGGGCAUGGCCCAACAACAGCAGGCAUGAGUUCUCCUGGAGAGCCUGCCAUGUAUGUUUUGGGGCUUUUCCACCUCUGCAUUCACCUGCACCUCAUCCCCUGUGCAAAUUCAGUGAGCCAAUCAGCAAGCUUGAAGGACAACAAGGACAUGAUGUUAACAGAGAAAAUUAAAUGGGACCUGUUUACCAAAUUACAGAAACAAUAGAUAACUGUCAGCUUGUAUUUCGUUUCAAGAAAGGGUUUCACUGUACGCUAGAUUUGUGUUUGCCUCUGAAUGCGGGAUGAGUACUCAACAAUUUCUCCAUUUAACUUGAAAGGUUAACUUUAUGAAAUUAUUUGACUAGUGAGUUUUCUUUUGCACAUUUUGAGGCCAGAUAUACAGUUCUACAUGUAGAAUUUUUUAAAGCACUUUCAUGUUACAAAAUAAUUGAGCAUGUAUUUUGACUUCAUGGACGCUUCAGAGAACAGUUUUUCUUUGUAGGACAGAGGACUUGAUUUCUGUGUAGCAAAGGAUUAUAUAAGACACUUCCGUCUCUCUAGUUUUAGUCAUGUCAGUCAACAUGAAGUACAAAUACCAGGUAGAAACUUUAUCAGAAAUUAUGUAAAAAUACCAAAUAAACAUUUAUUUUUGUUGUUUGCUUGUCAAACUUACUGUGAACUCAACAUAAUAACAAAAUUUAUAUUUUGAGUUUUGUUACACGUUUCAGCUGCGCUUUCACAAACUUUGGUUGAGCCAAUAAACUUUUUAAGAGCACAUGAAGGUUGAACAUUCACUUUGCUGGGUGUAACUUUGACUUUAUUGUUCAGCCAGUUAUAUACAGAACUGAAGUCAAUAAUUCAUCCAGUGUCAAGCUGAGUUUUUGCUUCACACAGAUAACACAGUGUUCUGUGGUUUGAUGGAGCUGCAGGGCAGAUUCACAGCUACAGAUAAAGCCAAAUUCACCUUGACCAGCAUGUUUUUUAUGAGGAUCCUUCCUUAUCCUCAGAGCCAGGAUAAAUUCCCCUUUGGCUCUCCAGUAAAUAUUAAGUAAAUGUUUAAAUGAGAGGACGCCUACACUGAAUGUGCUCUGCUCUGCUGUGCUGUGCUUAAUCCAUGAAACUGACAUUCAUCCCUGAGAGUUAAAUCUGUCCGUUUAAAAUUCAUGGCAAGACCAAACCUACCCAGUUUUUUUUUUUAUAUUGGUCCAAGCGUUAGCAUGACACAUUGGCUAAAAUUUAAGUGACAGGGGAUUCUGCUUUUCUUUUUUUUCUUAAGAGUCAGUAAAUGUUGCAUCCCUUUGAGGGUUUCUACUUUCAUUUUAGCAGAUGUUGUUUAAAUUGUUCAAAGGCCGGUGAGGAUAGAUAGAGGAGAGGAAAUAAGGAAAGGCGGGGCCCAGCAGAGAAGAAGAGGAGACUUGAUUUAUCUUUAAUUUGAAUAAAAUGCUCUGGGGACAUUUUCCUCAUCCAGCUGUACACCCUGUUUCAGGACACAGAGUCUUUUUGUGACAAAUAGUGACAGUUUAAUUUUUAACAUGCUUGGAUAACACUUUAUCAUGUGCAUUGUAGAUCUAAAAUAUUGAGCCAUAACAAAACAGGGUGAGAAAAAGAUCAAGACAGGUAGAGAUGAGGAGAAGAAAAACAAGGGAAGUAAAUAUAAUUUAUCAUUGUUUUUAACUGAUACAUUAUGCAAACUUUGGAAAAACCUCAGGGUGAAUGUUUCAAAGAAAAACAUAUUUGAAUGAGUAAAAAAAGGGAAAGGGUCUCAGCAGAACAGUGCAGUGACUCGUAUUUCAAUUUUAAAGUUUGAGAGUCCUACACUAAAAAGUGUAUGAAAAUGGAAAUGCACCCUCUCUUACCAAGGUCAGGUGUAUGCCUGCAGAAUAAAACAGAAUAUCAUACAUCCUGGUGUUUUUAACUGGCCUCAGUAAUGAGACACUUUUGUUAUUUAGUUUAAUGGAGAAAAUUCAGCAAACAGGCAUUAUUAACUUUCAGUGACUUUCAAAUGCAGCAUUGGGAGUUUAAAUUCAGCAUUCCUGUAGUCCUUAAUAUAUUCCAUGUUUCAUUCAUUACUUUUAUUAUUCUGCUUUUUGGAUACAGCAUUUACAGCGUCAGCUUUUUAUCAUGCAAACACAAUGACUUAUACUAGGUCUCCCCGUCUCUAUUGCUGCUGCAGAGGACAUCUGAGUGUUUUACUUUAGGAAGGUCGAAAGUAUCUCUUGAAGAAGCUCUGAAAACACCCAAAUCUGUUUGAAUAUAUCAGAGUAAAUCUUGUGAGGUUAACCAGGCAGAAAAAUUUCAGAGGGUUUUGAUCAAAAAUACAGACAAUGAACUAGAAGUAGAUCUGAUAGAUCUGAUAGAGCUCAUAACCGUUAAAUCCCAUGCACAAAAAAAAAACAGACUAAGGAAUUUAAAAGUCCAAAAUGUAUUAUAUCUUUUUAUGUACACAUAUAUAAAUAUGAGAAGAUCACUGUGCUGGCUGGCUAGUGACAGUUUAUUGUAAUUGUUGUGAAAGUGAAAAUAGUUUUAAUCCUAUACAGAACUAAAAAAAAGUCUUAUUUAGGUCAGGAAAGUGAAAAAUAGUAGGAAGCCUUUAAAUGGUUCUGACUGUCUUGUGUCUAGACUUCUCUGGAAACAUCUUAGAGGCCGAACUGGUAAAUUUACAAAAGUGAGACAGUUUAUAUUUUUAGUUAUUACUACACGCUCAAAAUGAGUCAUCACCAAAGAAAAGCUUCACAAUAAAAAUGUCAAGUCGUCAUGUCAUUUGAAAACAAUUAUUCAGAGGCACAAGGACUAACUUGCAAUUAGCUUCUAAAGAAUUUCCCCUCAGGACUUAAAAUUUGGCUUCAGGUUUCUGUGCCAAGUCCUUUGACGUGUCUUUGAUGUGUCACAAAGACAGCUAUGGUUGAAGCUUGCCUUUGCUAUUACAGCAAAUUCAAACAAAAGUCAAAUGAAACAAUAAAUAAAUAGAUAAAUUUUGAAUUAAAAGUGAAAUCCUAACCUCUUAUUUUACUCAAAGCCAUGACUGUCAUGUGGUUGUUUUGUGCUCAGAGUUCAUCUACAGAAUCAAGCAGCAUGAAUCACAUCUGUAUGCUGGAACAGAUCUUCCAACCUUGAAUAUAUUUUUGCCAUACACACACCGUAUACAGCACAGUGUUAUUCCUGUGAGACCAACUAGCGCUUGAUCAAGUCAGAAAUUGAUCAUCAAUCAAGCAGGACGAGGGGUAUAUCAUUACCUUCAAGGUAUCUGGCACCUUCAAUCUCCGGUCAUCCUUUCCUUGUCAUGUAAAUGCAUCAUAACACAUGCAACAGAGGGGUAAAAAUCACUGCUUAUCCUGGCAGGGAAAUGUCAUGAUGUAUGCUUCAGGUCAGGCAAUGGGAGUCAAAUUGUUUGCAUUAAACCCAUCAUCCUUUAAGCACACACACAUUUGGCCCUGUAUUCCCUAAAUCCCACCUCCUUCCUCCCUGUCUGCUCUCCCUUGGCUUGUCCCUAAUCAACUCUCCUUUUAAAGGCAGCUGUUGUAUUUUUAACCCCGGACCAGAGGAGCACCUGGAGCGGAUCUAGACAGUCUUUCCUUCCUCUGAGAGUACUAUGGAAGAGCGGAUUCAUCACAUUCACAGGGGUUUUUUCCAGGUCCCCAAAGCGCACUGUAUAAAUAAAAAGAGCAGCAAAGAAAGCAGAUUUGCAGAUUUGAAACCACCCUUAUUUCAGAGUAGCUCCUUUUUUGAAUCUCUGGAAACUCCUGGAUAGUGGGGGGCUAUUACCUGAGGUGUUGGAUUGUUUCUGAGUUUGACAUAAAAUCUGCAAAUAGAGCACACAUUUUCUUUGUGUUGUGAGUCAAAACUGAACCGUUACUUAUCCAAAGAUAGUGCACACAAAGCUCACUGAUGUUUUUUAUUACUUGGACCCUUUUUAUUCACUAUUCAGCUGCUUUAUGUAGACAUUGUAUUACUGCCAUCACUGAUUAAACUGAGGAGGUGGUGUAAGUAACAAAUGUAAGCAUUUUUAUGCGUAGGAUCAUUCUUGCGUUAUAAUUUGCUCUGUAAUGUUAGUUUUCUCACUUGAAAUGAGACAAGUGACGAUAUACUUGGUGUUAUUUUAAGCACAGGUUCUCCUCCAGAGAAAUGACAGCACCUAUGGGACUGAUGCUACAUUAUGUCACAUAGCUUUAUGCACCGUAAAGGCUGCAUUGUGUACCUUUUUAAAAUUCAUGUUCACUGAGCACACAAUCAAAGAACCGUUCAGCGAGAGAGAGGAGCAUCCAACAGAUGCAUUUCUCUGGAGGCCGGGAAUACUCCCAUAUGAUCUAAAGAGAUUAGCUAUGGAAAUUUAGUGGGAGACUAACAUUGUGCCAUGUGGCUCACAGAGGAUGCAUGAGCAAUUGACCUGAAUAAAUUCACAUUUCAAUGCACUUCAUGUCAUUGUGUGACCAUUUUCAAGUCUCCAUCUGCUGGAGCUGAAACCUACAUGGACAACAUUUGGUUUUCUGAAAAAGCUUCGAUUAAUUGGAGGAAAACUGGGUCGGCAAUAUAUUUUCCAUAUUCAAAAAGGAGUUUAUUCACUGAGGGUUGUGAACUGUAAAGGUGUAAGAGCCUCUCAUGAUAACAGAGAGGUUCUAACUUUUCUUAUCUCCUCCUCCAGACAACUGGAGCUGCACUCCCCUGACGCCAGGCACACCGUGGUGCUACGCUGCCCAGACCAACCAUCUGCCUUGUCCUGGUUUUCUGCCAUGCACGCCGUCACAUCCACUUUGGCACAGGUCUGUCUUUGAUUUUCUUGGUUUCACAGGUAGUAUUCAUGAGUGUGGCUAUCAGAAUGAGAUAUUUUAAGAGUCGCAUACUUUGGUUAUGAUGUAGCCCCUCAGAGCUGCUUUAAAUUUUAUAUUUCCUGAAUGAUCAUCUCUCCUAAAACCUGCCGUCCCCACACAGCGGGCGCUGGCAGAGGUCAUCCAGAACACCGCCAGGAUGGAGGUGGCUGGCAGCAAAGAGAUACGACACCUGGGAUGGCUGGCAGCUAAGGUAAAUGUGUGUUUGUGUGUGUGUUUGUGUGUGUGUAUGGGUGUGUGCGUGAAUUUGUGCGUGUGUGUGUGACAGAGGCAGUGUAAAAUAGUUUAUAAUUCCCAACUGUGCUUUCAGUGUGUGUGUGUGUGAGAGUGUGUGUGUGUGUGAGAGAGAGAGAAAGACACCCAUGCUCCCACAUUUCUCACUUUUUUAAUGGGGUACCUUUACUGUUGUUACCUUUUUGUGACAAUGGUGUGCAGCUGUGUCUGUGCGUGUGUGUGCUCCUUUAUCUUUAUCCUUUAACAGUUAACAAUUUUAAGUUACUUGGGAACAUUUUAGUGGGUCCUUGGACCAUUAAUUAGCUGUUAAAAGAUAAGACUGGACAUAAUAAGUUUUUUUUUUUGCCAGUAGCUGUAAGGACUAUUUGUGGUGUGUGCCUCUUUUGUGAUGGACUGUAGAAUUAGUGAAAUUUUAGUCAUGGUUUUAGAGGUCUUAACAUUUCAGUCUUAGUUGUGGCACAGAAAUGGCAAUUAUCUUAUUAAAUAAUCAUACUGAAACAGUUGUUCUUUGUUACUUUGUGAUCGUUGGUUGUUGUCCACGUUUUCUUGAAAUAUUUGUCAGACAUCAGCUUGUUUAAAAGCAGGCUCUUUGUAUGAUGUGUUGGUACAGUGUUAAGAAACAGGAAUAUUGAGCGUCCAGUUGUCAGAUCCUAAAUUGAAACACUCCUCUGCUUACCCCUCUUGUUGGUGAAGCAAGGGUGGCCUAAGAGGACAAUUUGCCCACGUGAUAUUUUUUGUGGCAGAUGCCAAUACCGAUUAUGAAAGACCAGGUUCGCUGAUGGCUGAAAGCCUCAUAAGUUUUUUUGGCUUUUUGCAUUUGACAUUUGUUUAAAAAAAGUUGAUCAUUGGUGAUUAUUUAAUCAAAAUCUGAUAUACAGGGUUGUCUUUACCAGUUGUAUAUUUAAGAUGGACUUUAAUAAGUUAAUGGACAAAAAAUUGACAUUAGGUUAUGCUAUAGAUUGCUAAACUUGACUGAUAAUACUAUCACUUCUAAUUAUUACAACACAACAUAAAAACACAAGUCAAUCACAGUUUUUGAUUAGAUAUGCAAUUAUAGGGUGAUUAAGAAAGAUGUAUUAUCAUUUAGAAAGGAUGGUGGUGAUCCCAGCCUCUUGAAGGCCAGUGCUGAUUUUAUACUGUAUUAUCUAGGUUGGCCAACUGAUCUGUCCCUACUUAAAAUUACACAUGGUACCUUUAAAGCUGUUCAAAAAGUCACAAAAGGAACAGUCAGGGGGGGUUACAAAGAGUGUUCUCACCUUUUAAAGACAGAUGUUAUGGAGCAGCAGAUGAAAAAUGUUAACAUUUACAGAAAGUUCAAACCCUCUUGACAUUCUGAUCGGGCCAUUCAGGGCCUUUGUUGGUAUGAUCAUUGGAUUUUUCAGGUCUCAACAGCAUCAGAAAGAGCUUAAGGUCAGGACACAGCCUGGUGUUUGGUUUGUGGUUCUGACUGUUGAGGUUAAAACUAUGAGGACGACAUUCUGUAGUCAAGGUACAAAGCGACAAAUGUGUGUGAUACUCUCUCUGUGCAUAGGGACAGCUCUAUGCAUACAUGGAUUUGAAUAUUGCAUGCAUUUUGCACAUGCAAAUGCACACAUCUUAAGGAUUCACACAAGCAAAUACAGAGUGAAACACAUCCUCACUCUCUCUUUGCACACAAACCUGUGCAAAUACACACACACCUGUCUAAUUUAGUCCUUGUGAAUUUGCCAGUAUUUGAUCCUUCCAAUGCAGUACAAUACUGUUACCAAGCAACAUAUUCUCAUCAUAUUAAAAAGCUGACCUCUGACCCUUUAAAUCUCACAAUGCGAUUGGCUUAGGGGGAACUUCAAAGAGCAGCUUAGGAUUCCUUUGCUGGGCUGCAGAUAAGCUCUCAUAAUGAGAAUAGUUAUGGAGCAUUGUAAAAUAAAAUACCAGGCUGCAUGCAUGUGUGUGUUCUCAAAGUUAAAAGAUUAAAAUGGGUGUCUUAUAGGUAAAGCUUGGGGUUUGUUCACACAACAAAGAAGAAAUCACAGAAAGUGUACUUGAAUAGACGCACCACCUACCUCCACUAUUAAAUAAUUCCCCAGUUAGUGUAGAGUAUGGCAUGGGAAACUUACAGGUUUCCAGGAGAAGACCACCAGACCAUCAUUUUUAUGGAAAUUUUGCAUUAAAUACGACAGAGACUCAGAUGUAUGUAGUAUAAGGUCAAUAUGAGAGAAAUAGUUGUGGAAUAAAUUGAGAGGUGAAGAGUUGACUGCACCCACUGCUGAGAGAGUCUUUUUCAUAUGAGAAGCACACACUGUUCCCUCUUUUGACAAAACAUUAGUCCCAUAAAGCCGCUCCAUAGCAGACAGCUAUUAAUGUUACUAAUAAAAUCCCUGCUUUCAUUCAAAAACCUGAGAACAGCUUCAGUGUGUUUUUGACAGAGUGUGGAUAUAAUAAUGUCACAUUUUUGUGGAAAAAAUAAGUAUCUCAAUCAGUAAUUGGUUAAUUACGUCAAUGCAUUUUUUUACUGUCAGAAACUUACAGCCCAAUUAACACAGAUGAUAUUAAUGUAAAAUAAAAAAAUACAUUGACUUGGUAAUUUCUGGUGUUUCUGGUAAUUUGUGCACAUUACAUAACAAUGCAGUAAUCUCUCAAAAAGGAUUUCACAUUGUUCAGAUGUUUCUAAUUUUAAUAUUGAAUGGUCCCUCUACUCUUGCACAGGAGAAUUAGGUAUAAAUAAUAGAGUCCAACUUUUCAGUCUCUUUGUUUCGCUGUUUUUGUUGCAGACAGAGAGUGAGAAGCAGAGCUGGAAGCCGGUGCUGGUGGUGGUGACAGAGAAAGACCUCCUGCUGUAUGACAGUCUACCACGAGUCAAGGAGGCCUGGCAGAGCCCUGCACACACUUAUCCACUGUUGGCAACACGGUAAGUCUACUACAUAUGUACACAGAGGCAAAUACUCAGGAUGUGUCUACAGAAUAAAAUAUUCAACAUGUCCAAUGAAAAGUGUUGUUUCGUCCAGGUAAAGUUGAAGCUAAUUUGUGAUGGUUGCAUAUUUGAAUGUUGGAAAGUGUCUGAACAUGGUGGUAAUCUAUGUUGAUUAUGGUUAAAUCAACCCGACUCCAACCCAAACAAUUCAAACGUCAGUCACAUCUUAUUUAGGAGCACUGACAGGUGUAAUGCGGUUUAUCUGAGAUGUUUGCAAGUUCCUGUGGGUGUGCAAGGCCAAGUUAGAUUUUGAUUUAAGUGCAUAGUUUAUAUUGAUAUUUUGUCAAAAUUUAUGAUUACAUUAGCUUGGUGGACCAGGCACUCUCGCAACCUUUCUGCAUCCAUUCCCAUACAUCAUCUGACAAUGAUAUACAAUAUACGUAUGCCACUGUGAAAUAGAUGUCAACCUUUCUGUGAGUCUGUUGUAGCCAGCUGUUAGAGUUAAAUGACUUCUUUUACCGCACCAUUAUUUCUUGGUCCAUUACACCCUGGAAGUGGAGUCUGUUCAUCUAUUUUGAGUGGGUCUCAGUAGUAAAGUAUGUCACACAGAGGCUUAACUCUGGCUUACCUCUGUGGUAUGGGCCCAGAAAAAAUCCAACUUUCUUGUUUGAUGAUAGUUAACAGAUCGUAUAGCGGUCUGCCUGCUUUUGCACUUCACAUGAACUUUUCUUUAUGCACACACCUUAACCAACUUACCGUAUUUUUCCCACUAUAGGGCUCACUUAAAAUCCUUUUGGCUUGUCGGAGCACUGUAGCUACUGUAGCCUCGCGGAGUUAUUGACUGUUUUGUUUGUCUGAAUGCGCUUUAUUAUCCGGUGCGCCUUAUAAUCAGGUGCACCUUAUAGUGUGAAAAAUACAGUAAUAUGUGGUUGGUCAAAUCUAUUGUAAACAGAAACCAGAACACCUCCCAGACUGAAAAUCCAGACCCCUGAGUGCAGAUUGUACAUUUUUAUGCAGAGUCUGUAAAUAGAGAUUAUGGCCUCACUAUGAUAAGACGACGUGGGAUCAUCAAAUUUUUGACAAUGUAGUCUGAAAUAGACAAAAACAUUUGAACCAAAUACCACAGCAAACCCUUUAAUGAUUGUUAGGAAAUUAUAGAAGAAAAAAAACCAGACACUAGACAUACGUAGACCAUUGGGAGCUUUUUUAACUAACACUUACGGUUAAAUUGUUCCAGUGCCCCCUACUGCUUAUAUGUAAUGUGGCAUUAGGUAUUGGUGGGCAUGCAAAAUGUUACAGUCCCAGUCUAUGACUUAUGUGAUGUAGAAUGAAAGUGAAUAUACUCAUAAAUACUGAGGUGUUCUGUCAUGUCAGGAUACUUUGUCAUGACUUGCUGUUAACAUCCCUAUGUGUAUCCAGUCUGGUCCACUCUGGCCCUGACCGGGGGUCACCUCACUCCGGCACAGAGCUGUUCUUUGCCACACGGACCGGCACUCGACUUGGGAUUGAGACUCACCUUUUCCGAGCAGAGACCACCAAGGAUCUGUCAACAUGGAGCAGACACAUAGUGAAUGGAUGCCACGCCUCAGCAGAAAUGAUCAAAGAGGUCACUACAAGUGAGUACGGGGACAUGAAGCACCAACAUUCACAGUGAGCAACAUUUAGUUCCUUAAAACCGAUGAAGACGGAUAAACAUACGAACCCAGAUGCUGUGAAAUACACAAACUCACAGCUUUGGUCGGAUGGAGAGAGCUUCACAGGUCACUGUGUCAGAUUCUUAGAUGCUUCUUGAGACAUGUUCAGACGUGCUGCAGCAAAAUACAUCCAGAGAGAUUCAGGAGGCUACAAGGGGAACUACUGCCCAAGGUGCUGCAAGCCUAAAAUAAGUCUGGACCCGGUGUGUGAAGCAAAAUGCUCACACACACACACACACACACCAGCACACACAUACAUUUAUAUAUAGACUCCUAUAUCUACUCAAACAGGGGUUUGUGAUAAUUUGACAGCCAUAUGGAAGAUGUGGACAAAGCACUUACUAUUUAUAGAAAGGAAUGCUAUUCUUGUGUGUGUGUGUGUGUGUGUGUGUGUGUGUGUGUGUGUGUGUGUGUGUGUGUGUGUGUGUGUGUGUGUGUGUGUGUGUGUGUGUGUGUGUGUGUGUGUGUGAGAUAAAGAGAGAGAGAGAUAGAAAGAGAGAGUGCUGUUUGGCAUUGGAUUUUGGCUGUUCAGGGAAUUCCAGCAGAUAUCCCCUCCUUCUCUCUCGCUCUCUCUCUCUCUUUCUCUCUCUCUCUCUCUCUCUCUCUUUUUCUCUCCAUCUCUCUCUCUCUCUCUGUCUCUCUCUCUCUCGUUCUCUCCAUCUCUCUCUUUCUUUUUCUCUCUCUCACUUUCUCUCCAUCUCUCCAUCUCUCUUUUCCUCUCCCUUUCUCCCAGCACAAAAUGUCCUGGGAACUGCUCCUCUCCCCUGGGUCCCUCUCCUCCCUCCAUCUAAGAUAACAUGGUGCCAAAUUAAGUUUCACUUCAAACUCUGCUGGUAUAUGAAACAGCAUGUAUCUAAGCUACAAAUGAUACACGACCCCACCAGUGCAUCCUGCCUGUCAGUGAUGUUUCUGCAUCAUUUACCGCCUCCAAACUCUUGUUAAAACUCUCAUAAAUGCUGUCUGCACCCACUGUUCCAGCUGUGAGUGUUGUGCUAUGAUUAGAACUGCGAGACUUCAUCCACGUCUGCUGUGCAUUUCACUCAAAUUUAACACUGAGUGGUGUUUGAUAAAUAUCUGAUUUUGUGUAUCAUGGUAGAUUUAAGGAGAUGUGAGGACAUCUCAUUUAAUCCCAUGACAAAAGCUGUCUAGACUGAAACAAGCUGUUUGGUAUCCACGUACUGAUGCUUAAAUGUAGCUGCAGAGUUAAAGGCCCUGAGCUCCUAUGAUACACACACUGUUUAGGCUAUUAAAGAGCUCCACAGGAAAGUGUGGGAGUCUUCAGACGGUGUUUCAUUAACAUCUUCUUCACUAGUUUGGUAGUUUUUUGACAACGACGCCCUCAUGUCGAAUACUUCCCCUUUUCACCUUCAGACAGACCUGAAGUCUGACCAGCCUGGAAAAAACAUUAACACAGAUACAAGUAGACAGGGUCUUUAAACAUCUGUAUUUUGCUUAAUUUACCACUAAAAGGAGAACACAAAGUUUAAUCACAAUUAGACUUCACUGAAUUCCAUCCAAACUGUAUAUAUCCUUUUAAUAUUGAGCAAUAUCAGUUUGAUAUUUUCUGGCAAAGGGACAUGCAAGUGCAACACGAGCCAUUUCAAAGAUAAUCCUGCUUUAACUAACUUCUGCUCCCUUCCACUGAAUCAUGUGUCAUUCAGGGCAGGUAGCACAUGAUCCUUUACUUACUUACUUAUUACUUAGUUAUGAGUGACUCAUUGACUUACUAACUCAUUACUGGCUUGCUGACUUCAUUAUUUUGCUAUAAGAAGCUGGCUAAUAUGUCAUUAAAUCUCUAAUAUUGUCCAAAGGAGCUAAACAGCAAAGUCACAGGCUGAAAAAUGAGAACAAAAAGCAAGUGGUUAUUAGGUUUAAUCUGAUCCAUAGAGCCUCUAAGACCAGAAGUGUUUUUUCUUAUUUUUUCUGUGGUCAUUUGUUUCAUUAUUAAUGCAGUAACACUAGCAGCUCUGUGAGGCUGCAUUUAGGCACAGCAGGAGAUUAGUUGUGUUCAUGAUCUCGGUCGAGUGUUUUGUAAUGCCACUGCUCAUUAGCACUAAACACAGGGUAUAAUUUAGGCUGACUGGAGCUUUAUUGAGUUAGAGGUUUUUAGCCAUUAAUUAAAGUUUCUGACAAAUUGAAAUUUAUAACUGAUUUUAUGUUUUGGCAACAGCGGAUGAAGGCUGCAGUCUGAUUAAUGGCUGCUGCCAUAUUGCUACAAUGCACUACAAACAAAGAUGACAGAUGGCAUCUCAUAGCAUGGCACAGUUUGGCAGCAUUUUGAUCCAGAAAGUCCGAUCAUUACUGAGAGGAAAGGACAGUGAAUGGAGCAUUAAUUCAUUGAUUUAGCCAUCAGUCUAAACAGGGAUCCUGCAUGUGGGUUGUGUCUGGUGAAACUUCUGUAUAACCACCUGACUGCAGUGUGUUACCAGCAAAGGCUUGUGGAUGUCAGCCUGCAAGGAGGACUGUAACCUGAGGAUGAAACACUGCUAACACUGGCCACACUCAACAAACCCAUGAACAUUGUUUACCUGCAAAUAAUAAGACACAUUCUUGUGUUUUUUUUUUUUACUUUAGACUUGUUGGUUAGUCUAAAUUGAAUUCCUGUUCAACACUUUAAAGCAUCCUUAGUUUCGACUAAAGAGGUGUACAUUCAAACUGGCAUCCUUAUCUGUAAAUCACGAUAUCCUUCACUGGAGAUGCAGUGCUGUACUGUAAAACUGAUUAGGAUUGGAGGUCAGUGACACAGACUAGUAGCCUGAGGAAAAAAUGGGAGUGGUUUUGAAUUUUUAACAUUCACCAUGUAAUUUCUGUCCAGAAGGAAUCACAUAACCUUCCCUAAACAGAUGACUGUCAGCGCCAGGCCCUUAGUUUCUUGUUUUCGAUGUAGAAAAGUAAUUUACACUUCCCAGAGAAGAUUGUGAUACUGCAUACAAAGUGCAUCCAGUCAUUUAUCUGCAGUAGUCACUUGAGGAGUUGUUCUCUGACCUUGUCAGCUUUCAUCUGUGAAACAUUCUGAUAAAUCAUUGUGAUGUUUUAUUCUCUGUCAAGGCUCGUGAUAAAGAUUUGCAGUGAAGAGAGACCAUCUCUCCAUCACUCACUGGGCAGCAGGCCAUUCUUAGAGGGAUUUUAAAGGAGAAAGUCAUUUGUUCGGCUCUGAAACCAAAUUUCACAGGCACUUGGCCUGCUGUCAUUUCAGUUAUUAUUAUGUCCAAGGUGACUUGAUCGUUUUAUAAAGGUUACAUUGAAACUUGUGUAAUUAGUAGAAAAUGACUCUGCCUGAAUGUCGGAGUUAAAAAACAGCUUGUGUCUUAUCUGCUCCCCUGGCUUCUCUUCCUCCUGUUAAGCUUUGGCAUUGAUGUAAAUGUCACACAGGUGAAACGAUGGGGUGAGGUGCAUUGGUGGUAAUUGGAAACAAAUGAGGCCACUAUAAACGUGUCUUAGCCGCUUGUACACUAUUAGUGUGCAUGUCUAAGUGUGUGUGUAUGUGAAGUUUGGGCCGUUUUAUCGACCUCCUGCCUCCUUGCUUCUGCAGUACAGUGAAGCUAUGUUAAAUCACACACUGGGACUUCAGUUGGACCCUGCUGUGAGGUUCAGUGUUUAAGUACAAAGGCAUUUGUGACAGUGAAGCUCUGUUAGGGAGCCUUCACUGGAUCUAAGAAAAAAGGGCUUCUGUUUGAUUUAACCUCUCUCUGUUCAUGGUUAUUGAAGUAGUUUCAAACAAGUGGUUGUUUGAAAAAUAUAUCACCUCUAGGUGCAGCAUUUCAGCAUUUCUUGAGCCCAUAAGGUAACAGUCAGUCUCUUUCUUCGAUUGUACUAAAGACGAAGUAUUUUAAACAUACGGUACAUCACGCAGCCAUCAGGCAUCCAGUCUGAAGCCGACAUUAAGAGGCUGGAUAAAAGCCUCUAACAGCUGUUAAAGCAUUUUCAUGUUAUCAUUUUGUUUUAGUCUUUUUUGGUUGAUGCCAUGACUAAAUUCUGUAUAUCAGACUGAAAAAAAUUAAUGGCUAGCUACAGAUUAAUGUGUGUAAAUCCCUCUUAUUUGUUUUUCAUGCACACCUUAAGCCCUCUGUCUAAUGCUGCUGUUCAAGAUGACAUCUACAAAGCCGUCCCAAACUGUCUCUAAGGUCGAUUGAGUCUCUCUUAAUGAACGUAAACAGCUUAAUGGCUCUGAAACAUGAUUCUACCUUAGUGGUUUUGGAAAAUGAACUUACCUGCUGUGACACUUUUAGUACAGUGCAGUGGGAUUCAGUAUUAAGAUAUGAAGUACUUUACCUACUGUUUGCGUCAUUUAAAAGACAAAAACAAGUGGAAGAAAUGUCUUAGUUUGUCCCCUAGUAACCUUUCUCUUUUUUCCCUCACCUGUUGUGAUGGUAACAGAGUCAGCCCCCCCCACCAUGUUAUUGAGUUCUGCUCUGAGUCUCUCAGUUAUCACUCUCUACCCCUUCUCACGUCUUUUCCACACACCGUCGGGCAGAAAGAAGGGCUUUUGUCUCAGCCUGAAAAGCCCCUUUUUCUGUGUUAGUCAGCCUUUGUGUGUGUUUGUGCAUGUGUUCUGGUGGGAAACCCUACUUGCCCUGAAGAUCAAGGCUCUCAGGUACUAGAGUAGAGUUUCAGGUCUAAUUUUCGCUCCGGGACAGGACAAAGACCCAGCUCUUUUUGCCCCAUUUAUGACUGCUAUUAGGGGGUCAUUUGCCCUGUCAGAUUGUUUAUACAUCAUUAUAAAGAUAUUAAACAUUAUGAGACUCAUUUCUCAUCAUAAAUGGGUUGUCUUCAGGGUGCCAGAUAUAUUAUCCUCGCUGAGUGUGUGGGCUUCUGUUUCCUGUUUGAUUCAGUGUCCUUAUCCACAUUAUUCCAUUAAAAGUAAUGACUAAAAAGCGUUAUCUUAGUAUUUUACUGUUAAAAAGAAAAAAAGUAUUUUUUUUACUGCUCUGAUCCUGUCAUAAAAAAUGAGUCAGACCAGUCCCUUAAUUUCACCUCAUUGACACUACCUGUAGCCAGCCUUGCCAAAUUGUCGAGGAGCACAUUUCAUGCAGACGAAAGGUUUUGGCACAACACUUCAAAAAGUAUUAAAAUCAUUUUAACCUUCAAGAAUAUUGAAAAGUAUUGCGCAUUUGUCAAUCCCUGAUAUUUUUGUUAUGGUCCAAUGUCAGAGAGAAAUACUUUUCUUUCAAAGCAAUUUUUCUGAAUUGAAAAGAGACCCAACAGUCAGAGACACUCAGGAAAUUGACCUUUUAUAUAAAGCAGUUAUAGUGAGAUUUGGUUUGAUGGUUUUGUGCUGUUUGUGGGAGAUCUCAGAUAAGAUUCCACCUCUUCAGCUUCAGUUGUGUAGUUAGUUGUGAAGAGCUUGAUGCUGAUUGGCCCUCAGGACUACCAUGAUCUUGUGCAUUGAUAAGGAUUCUGCAGGAGCGGCAAAAAACAGUCAUAACAAAGCCAACAGAAGGCGGUAAAAACCAAAUCAUAUGAUGCAGUUCACAUCUUGAAUCAAGUAAUUGAGCAUGGAUGAGAACUCUCAAGCCUGAAAGCACAAAUAUGUGAUAUGGCAUUGUAGAUUUUGCAAACACUGAGAAGUACAGAGAUGUACAUGACUUCAACAGGAAGGCCUGCUACAGAGGGUCAGUGUGUGCAGUCCCACAGAUUUACGGUGUGUUAGGUUAUGCAGAUGUAAAGCAGUGGAGAUUCUUGCUGCAAAUAGAAGAGGACUUAAAUGUCAAGUAAAACAAGAAAAUGAUACUACAUCAAAAAAAAAGUAAUGUUGCAUCUGAAAGGGCUCUUUAAGACUUGAAAAUUGAAUAUAAUAGUUUAUAGUAGCAGUGGGAUAGUAAACUGAAUGUUUUGGUGUACUUUUAUCUGUCUGAGAGCCUGUGUAUGAAGUUUGAGGAGUCUUAAACCCUGCCUGUAGUAAAUUUCUGUGUAGUACAUGGUCAACAUACAAAAUGAGCUAUAUGGUGGCUUUGUAUCUACCUAUCAUAUAGUGAGGUUGUUGGAAAUACGCAGUGUUACUGUUGGUUGGGAGACUGCUGACUUAAGUGCUCUGCUUUGACUUAAAAAUUCACCAUUCAUCAGUUUUGAGGCUUGACAUAAUGAAAAAACAUGCAGUAUAGUUUUCACCUGCAAAACAGACAAAAAAAAAAACUGAAUCACUGUGCAUGCAUGUUAAAAUGUGCACUGCAGACAUUAUUUUCCCAUCAUUGCUUGCAUUUUCAUCUCCUGAGUGUAUUUCUGCACAUCCAGUUGCUGCUGUGUAUGUGAUGGAUUAGACUUACAUGAAUUAUUUACAUUUUUAAUAAAGAUGGUGUGUAACUGUCGUCUUCUUCCGCAUUUAUUACUGUGAACACAUUUGCCAAUUUAAGUGUCAUAAUUGCAUGUGGAUAAAGAAAAGAAUGAGGAGGGGGAGGGGCUAAAGUGGAUAGAUGUGGUGUUUGACUGACAUCACGGUUAAAUAGUCUGAUAAUUUGUCUGUUGAUCGACACUCAAGAGACUGAUUCACGCCUCAGAAAAAGAGCACAUAUACAAACAUAUAUGCAAACACACAUGGGUAUGUAUUAUUAAACGUACACUUAUGCAUCACCAUGUCUCCUGCAUUCACACACAAAUACAUGCAGUUUCCUCACCAGCAUGGAGACAUGCCUCACUCUUUGGCUGUCAUAUGUAAACAGACAGAAACACACACUGCCUUUUGUGUUCAUGCUAUACACACACAUGCGCAUGCUUCACAGGCUGUCAGCAAACAAUGGAAAGAUAACAACUCUCUCCCGCUUGCUGUGUCACACAAACACGCUGCUCUGCAGAUCAGCUGUCAUCAAGAGAGAGGAGCUUAUGCUGUAAAUGAAGUUUUCAAAAGGCAGCCUUCAUUUCUGCAGGGGGGAGGGGGCUGGUAGAGGGAACUCUGCUGUCAAGAAAGUGAAAAAUAGGAGUAAAUGCAGCGAGAUCACACUGUGUGAGGACGAGACAGGUUUGUCAUUAAAGCAGAGGAAAGUGAUGCGCAAAUUGGGAGAUAGAUAAAGACAGUGUGUUAGGCUUCCAGCCAGACGUACGCUGAGAGAGAGAGAGAGAGACAGAGAGAGAGGAGGGAUGUUGUAAAAAGGUAAAUUACACUCAGGAUUUCUGUUUACAUGUGAGCAGAGGAGUCUUUCUUCUGGAUGCGUUGAAUAAUUAGACAGUAGACAUGGAUGUCAGAAGUUAAAACAGAGCAAGGCUCCCUUUGAUGGAUAAAAAAAUGUAAUAACUUGAAAUUAAUCCUUUUAAUUGAGACAUCAUACAAAAGAUAUAUUGUCAAGAGGAAAACCAAAUCUAUAAUGUUGGUUUUCUGUGGAUUGACCAGAUAGUGUAAAUGAAGUCUCUUCAUUGUUUAACCUGCCCUAAACCAAAUAAACACAAAAGUUUAAAGGAUGUGACUACGAAAAACACCUCUCAACUAAACCCCUUAAAAUAAAAAAUAAAAAAAUAAAAAAAAUCUGUUAUACAUGUCCAACAUUUUAAUCUAGAUGCAAAUAUGAAACAACAAUUUUAGCCUGGUGCUCUUGAUAAACAGACAACUGAGAGUGAAAAUGACUUCUGAACAGUUAGAGAUAAGAUGUGCAGAAAAAAAUCAACUGCAAAUAAAAAAAAUCAAAGACAGUGUUUGUCCUUUCCAUGAUUUACACAUCUUAAAACCGCUCAUAAGAAGGGUAAGGUUUAAUGUUGAGAACUAAAAUUGCGAUCCGUAUCUUUUGUCAGUGUUUGAUUGAACUCCAUAAUCUGUAAAAUUUAUUCUGUCAUUUAAUUGCCAUGAUGAGUUGAUAAAGUUGAUAAAAACAGCUUUUUGGCUCGUCUGUUAGAACAGAGCAGAGAUGAAGAUUAAAAGAAAAGGUGAGUGGGAAUUAGAAGAACAUGGUUCAACAACAGGUUCAUUGUUUUUAUGAUUUUUGAUUAAUUUUUAUGACCACCUGUUACUUUAAUGAACUAAAAGAGGGACUAACAUGAGGUCUUUUUUUUUUCUUUUUUGAAUACCAGUGAGUGAAGAUACCCAACCUCAUAACAUGACUCAUUAAUCAUACUGAAUGAGCCUGCCAAUACAAGCUAACACUUGGCAGUUAAGAUAUUAGACAGAGAAAUUAUACAUCCUCCCUGAAAGUAAAGAGAAGGUAAUUCGAGGGCAGGGAUGAAGUUGUUUUUUUAAAGUUCACCUGGUAAUUUUAAAGUCUGAAUGCUGACGUAGACUGUACUCUGCAUCAGAGUGGGUGUAUCCACACAGUUGGAUCUGUUUGAUAUCUUAAGUCCGGUAUACGACAGAAGCAGGUUUGUUUUUAUAAUCAUAUUUGUACAUAAGUUUGGGAGGUGCUGAGUAAUCAAACGUUUACAGUUGUGAAGUUUAUGCUCAUUUUAUUUCAUGUUUAAUGGAUACAGCAUUUCUCACAAUGAGAUAAGCUAACAUAGACUCUGAUGAAUGGGGUACCAAAAAAUAAUGAGAAAUUGGAAGCACUGACACUUAAACAUUCCAAUGAGUAAUUAGUAUGGCAUGAAUAAUAUUAAAACAGAUUAUCACUCUCUAAAGAGUUGGAAUAAUGAGCUCUUGGACAGUCAGUAUUGCAACAAUGUCAUUAAAUGUGGCCACACAUAUUUAUGCAAAUAAUAAGCUGCAAUGUAAUUUUUGUUGGGUGGUUUGUAUAUCCUCUUCAUGGCUAUUGCACAGGAAUCAUUAAGUGAGGUCAAGGGAGAAACCAACUCUCAGGCUCGGAUGAAAAAUGAGUAAACUCCAGUUCAGUCUGGUGUUAUACAUAACGAUGCAAAAUUAGGAACACAGUUGGGUUGAUGGAAGGUGCAUUACAGCUGUUUGUCAGGAGGCCUUAAGCUCACUCAUUGCCAGUAUCUAGCUUGACCGAAAGUGAGAUUGAGUCAGAAUAUCCAAUAUGGUGCCUGCCAUCAUCAGACUUAAAAAUACCUCCUAAAAAGAACAAUGGCUGACACAACAGAGACAACGUUCAUAAUUUAUACAGUCUUUGGGAUCAGCAUGAUUUUGUAAUUGUAAUUGUAAUUUUUUAGACAUCGAAACCUCCUAAUGUAAAGAUCUACCCCUUGACACAAGGAUCUGACUCAUCCAGAUUAGCACAUUCCUACAAGCAAGAUAAUCUGUUAUCUAUCCCAAAUUAAAACUGCAUUUUUAUUUUGCAGGUUGUUUGUUCCGAGGUCAGGAGUGUCGGCUGGUGAUCCACUACGAGCAGGGCUUCUCUGUGCAGGCUGACCCCACACUAGGAGAUGGGGAAAACGGAGAAGAGAGAGGAGCGCACACACCCGGCAGGCCACGGGUGCUUCUUUCUUACCCCUUCGAAAAGUUAAAGAUGUCUGCAGAUGAUGGAGUUCGCAUGCUUUUCCUGGACUUUGGAGGGAAGGAGGGAGAGAUUGUGAGUAUUAAUCUUUUUAAGUGUUUAUUUGACCCAUUAAAUGAAACAAAGUAUGCUGUGAUUGGAACAGAGUUUUACUGCAAAUUCACGGAGAAAUCCAACUCAGAGCACUGCUGCAUCAAAAAAAAAAUCUGGGAUGGGAUGGGAUCGCUUAGCCUCUUUUCUCUGUGAGGUAUUUUGGGGGCAGCUGUGAUGUAGUUAUUAGGAGAAAUAUGAGCAGUACUUUCAAGACUGAUCAGUGUUAAUCUAGCACACAUUUGGACAUCCAUUGUGGAGAAACCACAGCGAAGGAUUUUCUUAAAGUGGAUUUGACAUAAAAUCCCUAUAUGCUAGACCUAGAAAGUUAAAGCCAAAGUAGAAAAAUAAAUACACUGUUUACUAAAUUAUCCUUGUCCUACUCCAAGUGGAGCAGAGUCUAAACAGCCCCAAAAACACUAAAUGUGCUCUUCAUUUUUUUUUUCUUUUUAAGUCAUCACAGGAGAAAAAAAACAAUAUCAGUUCAAGCCUUUACUUUGCUGUGGCCAUGUUUAACGCCAUCUCAGGAGAGUUCAGGAGGCCUUUUGGGAAAUGAAACAAACACAAGUACGGGUAUUGGAGACAAGCAAAAUGAAAGUGCUACAGCCAAAAGUAAAUUACAGCACUCCAUCACCAAAUACCUCCUGAAAUAAAAUAAAGCCACACAUACGCAGGUCUUACCAUAUAAAGCAUUUUGGAGGGUGUGCUCUUUAAAAACAGCCUGUCGCUUACUGUAAAGGUUUUCAUCCGUUUACUCAACACACUUCAUAGACGUCCAUGAGGCUCAUGUUUCAGCGGCUUGCCCUAAAGUAAUCACUAUAUGUCUUAAUUUAGGAACUCUCACUACUCCCUAUGUUAGUCUUUUCAAAAGGUUUAAAUAUUCAGCCUCUUCAUAUAUGAUAUUAGUGGUAUAAAUAUUAAUGUUUGUGUCAGAAUGAUGAGCUCUUGCAGCUCUUUUAUUACCUUCCCUUGGCACAUACACAAACUGUUUUUACCCGCUCAUAAGACACAACCAUGUUUCAUCAUUCAUAAAGCCAAAACACUGUGAUUUUCUGAAUGCUGAAAAUAAACUGAGAAUAAAGAGUAAAAUAUUAACUCGGCUUCUGGGAUUUAAAGACUGGAAAAUGAAAUGUUUUAAAACUAGAGCAUGCCUCAAACUGUUGUCCAUAAACAGCUCUGUAUAACAUGUCUGUCAGAAACACCAGUGUUUUUCUACUCAGAUUAAAUUGGAGGCAAAUAAGCAAAGACUUUCAAGCUUUGAUUCAAAACCCUCUGUUGGCUACCUUAGCUGAACAGAUUUUGGUUUCUAGUAUUUGUGAAUCCCAACACAGUCCUAGUCAAGGCUUUAUAAAAAUCCCUGAGGCACUUGUGGAAAUGGCUGAUGGCUCAUUAGCUCGACAUUUGAAAGUGGAAUCAGCUGGGCUUUUUUUUUCAAAGUGUGUACUAUGCCGUCAUUAGUUGGCAGGGACUGCGUAUGCCUAAUUUUGUCACAGCACUUGACAGAUUAUAUUCCCUUUAGAGAAAAUAUAUUAUGAAGGUUGCAGUAAGCCAAAGCGUUGAUAGUGGAUGGAGGAACCUAAUUAUGCACAAACUCCUGCUGUGGUUUAACUGCAAGGUGAAAAGAAAAGACCAAGAGUCUGUAUUAAUGCUAGCAGCUCUCUGACAUGGGAGCCAGGCAUAGUAAUACUUGUUGGAAAGUCAUAACAGCUAAAAAAAAUAAAUAAAUAAAAAAUAAGUAUAUGAAUCUUUCGAAAAAGAUAUAUUUUCAUUCAAUCUGCCUAGUGGUUAACACUUUACCAUCAAGGAAGAACAUUUUUGUUUGCUAUUGUUUGCCACAAACAUAAAGCCCAAAUGUUGGCAUCCUGUUACCGCUAGUUACACCACAGUGUGUGCAAAGAACAAGACAACUAGGACUGACACAAAUGUCAUUUUCACUGGUAUUUGAUCCCUGUUAAUACUGUAAGAUUGAACAUUUGAAUGAAGGUUCACCUCUUGAUGGUUGGUCAGAUGCCAGUUGGUGAUAUGAUUUUGUUUGUCAGUUAAGAAAACACUGAAAACCCAUUAAAGAACCAUACCCGACCUGUUAAAUGGCUGACUUUUGGCAGUCAAAUAAACCUUUUUUUUUAAUGGCUCCUCCGAUAACUACCGCCUUGCACCAAUUUCAGUCAAUGAAAUGCCAUGAAAAAUAAUCAAAAUGAAUUUUCAGUCUAUUUCAUCAAUGUCAAAAAACACCUCGCAGUAGCUUCAAAUAAGUGUAUAACCAUCAGAAUUUAGAAAUCAUCUUGUUUGACCUUUUAAAUCUACAUGGGAGUGUGGAAGUCACCAACACGCACCUUGCAAUACAAAUAAGUACACAGUUUAAGAAUAAUUUGUUCAAUGAUUGGUUGACAUGAGCAGACCUGGCCAUGGGAAGUCACCGGAGACAUUGUCAUCAUCGGGGGACCAUGAAACUUUGAACAAAAUUUUCUGCAUGUUAAUCAACUAGAUGUUCAGGUAUUUCACUGAAUAAUAACUUCUGGUCUGAUGUUAUGGCAGAGGAGAAAAUGUACCAACGCUUUCAGAUUCCAUAGCAAUAUGGAGAGUAGCCAGAAUAUUUUAGUUGGAGCCAAACUGACUAAUUUUGUACCUGCCACUCUUAAAUCUCUAGCUGAAAGGCCCGCUUGAUUUAUGCCAAUUCCUGAACAUUUUGGAUUUUUGUGAACCGGUAAUGAUGCAACGCUCUGCUCAUAUUUAAUUGCACUUAGAACACGAGUUAGCCUCUGGAACUUCCUCUGUGUAAACCCAGAGGAAGUUUUAGACCACUUCAGCAGUAGUGAAAGCAUGGAUUUGUAGGUUAAAACCUCCCAGUAGGCCUCAGGAACAGGAUAUGAGUCGAAAUCACCGUCUGUUGGUUCAGGCUAUGAACAGAGCUUUCUUCUCAGUGAUCUGGUGUUUGUGUGUGUGUGUGUGUGUGCACACAGUGCUUGGCUCCAGCUAGCACUGUCUAAUCCUUGCCUCAUGGGGAACUGUGUUGACUGUGUAGUUAGUUUUGAAUUAUACUUCAUGAUUUAUGUACCUAACAAACUUGUUUUCUCUUUCCUCUCUUUUCCAACUCAUCCCUCUGUCACCUAAAAUAUUUUCCUGCCUGCUUUACUCUUUUAUCAUGUUUUCACCACUUGUCUUCUGUCACUUUUUGCAGUAUUUUUUGUUGUCCUGCUUUUUAACUUUGCUGUUUUCCCUUUCUCCUUCAGCAACUGGACCUCCAUUCAUGUCCAAAGCCGAUCGUCUUCAUCCUCCACUCCUUCCUCUCUGCCAAGAUCUCCCGUCUAGGUCUGGUGGCCUGACUUUGAAGGAUGCUUCUUCAACUCUGAAUACAAAAAUCAACCCUGUUUCGGCACCUCUCUGCUGCCUGCAUGCAGUACUCCUCGUCAAACUCCUUCAGUUGGGGACCCAAGCUGAGUGAAUGUAGCCUCUACCUGGAAAUUGACCUUUUUCGGGUUAAACUCGUAAUUAAAGAAACACUGGAGAGACCAAUCUAAAUUGGUUUUACUUUGUUUUCUUAGGGACAAGCUCUGCUUUUUAGAGCUGAAUGGACUGAAGUAUCGACUGAAGAACCACAGAAGAAAAAAAACAGACUGAACCAGAGGCAAAGGUAGUGUAUACAGGCAGAAGGGAGCAGAUUGGGCAUUACUGUCAUGUCCAGAAUUGGAAGGACUGGACUUGUGCGACAUAGUUGAGACAAAUUCACUUUUAAUUCAAUCAAAAUGUUAUGGCAAACUGCCUCCCAUUUACUGAUUAUAUAAUUUAUUCACCAUUAGUUCUGAAAGGACACUCUGAAUUUCACUCUGUCAUUAUUCUUCACCAAACAUUUGACAGACUGUGAUAAAAACUUUGUGCAUUCGUCUUUGUUAACGUCCCCUGAAAUGUCUUGUCGGCUGUGUCAGCAUUCAUCAUUGAGUACUGCAGGGCACAGUGGUCUGAAGAGUUUCCCACAAUGUGACAGCUGACUCGAAUUCAAAAUGUCAUGGUAUAACAGGUUGCAUAAGGUGGCUAUCUGUUGGUGAAAGGCUGUUAGUGUAUUCCAUUGUCUGACUGAUUUGAUAGUGAUUUAAAGCAAGUGUUAAUGUCUUGAAAUGGGAUUUAAAGCUCAGUUUACGUAAACACACCCAAGCUCAUAAAUUCCAUGCAAUUUCUCACUGUAGAAAAAGAGGAAACUUGGACCACACUUUUUAAAGCUGAUGAAACUUCUACAACAGUGUACCAGAGGAAAUUUGUCCACAACACUGUGGAUGAAGAAAAAGCUUUUUUUUUUUUUUUCUACAGCCAAAUUUCCACAGACAAACUCAUAUAAGACAUUUAUGGACAUUUAAAAUAAACCUACAGAUUAAAUAUAUUAUUAUUAUCAUUAAAGUGAGGGUAGUGCAAAUGAUCAGAAGGUAAAAUAUUUCAGUUGAAAACAAUACUGGGAUCUUUUAGCAAAUGUGCCCCCUUACUUUCUUGCUGAGAUUUAGUUGACCAUCAACUAUGGAAACAGCUGUCUCUUUCCAAAUAAAACAACUAAAGGUCACGAAUGAAUGCUUAUGCCAUCAACGCACGCAACCUACAAAAUUAAUCUGCACAAAGCUAUGUAAAAGUAUGACUUGACAUUUAAACACUUUGUUUUUCUUUGUGCAGAUUAAUAAAAUCCAACUUAACACACUAAUUAGUGAGCAUUUGAGGUGCUUGAUGGUGGAUUCAGUGACCUUUGGAUUCAGGUUAGCUGUUAUCAAGUUUCCAGUGAUUGUGCUGACCAGCUACUGGCUGUUUAUGUGAGAGAAGCUGUUCUUUUAAGCUACUUCUCCUGUUGGCGAGACUCUUUUCCAGCUAGUUUUAACUACUCCCAGAUGGUCAGAAAUUACACUGUUUAAUCUUUCCUCAUGUAAGUCAUGGUUGUUCAUUGGCUGACAUUUAAUUUCAAGAGAAGAGAAGGAAGGCUAAUAGACUAUAUAAUGACAGACUAUAUAAUCACUUUCUACCCCAACAAGCAAACAACUGCCACAUGUGCUUCUGUUUUUCACAGUACAAACCUAAAGUCAAUCAAACUAUGCCACAAUCACCAAGUAUUAUUUCUGUUUAAUCAACAAGGUAGCCAAUGCAGGAGCCUGCAGUGUUUCUUUAGAUCUGCAGAAGCCUGUGCAGGACAUUAUGUUAUGGAUAUUAUGCAGAAAAAUCACACCUGAAUCUUGAACUGUCUUUGGCAUGGCUGUCUGCCAGGUCCUUUCCUCGUGCCUUCAGAUGACUGAGAAAAAAACAUUUGAACUUUGAAAUAAAGAUACAGAUAUGACUGAGCAUGGACCAACAAUGUGCUUUCUGUGAUGGCUAUUUUACUCUUGGUUUUGAGCACAGAAAUACUCCACCAGCAGUUGUUUUGUGAUCGCUCUCUUCAUUAUUUGGCAUUCAUGUAACACUUUCAAUUGUCAUCUGCAGUCACACUGUGAAGAUUGAUUUUCAUAUUGUAUUCCUACCACACUGUAGAACUUUCUCUCAUUAUUAUUAUUAUUUUUUUCAAAUACUAGAAGAUAGUGGAGGCAUUGUAACAUUUUUGUUCCGCAAAGAAUCCAGCACUUACUGAUAACCUCAAGUAGAUUGAAGCCCUUUGAGCAGAGGCUGCUUUGAGAUGUAGUAUACUCUGAUGCCUUUGGCAGCUACUGUACUGUCACUACGAAUGAUAAAGUUUAGUUUUUAACUGAAAUGGUGCACAUAAAUCAUGUAUUUAACAAAAGUGACAUGAUGAGUUUGUUUAUUCCUGUUCUCUUGUCAUUUAUUCAUUUCUCAUCAACAGGAAAAUACUAAUCAUCAAAGGCAGCUUGGAAAACAGCCUUGGGAGAGUUUAAUUUUCACUUCAUUCAUAUUAAAAUGUAAAUUA